AUGACGAGACAGAAGCUUAUCUUCAUCUUCUCCUCUUCUCUGUUUCCUCUCCUGACCACAUGUUUGAGUUUUCAAGAGUUGAUCUACUCUACUUCCUCUGUGUCCAAAGAUACUUAUUUUCAUCCUGAGAAGCUUUUUGUGUUUGGAGAUUCAUACGCUGAUACGGGUAACACCAUUAAUACUACAGCUUGGGGCUUUCCCUAUGGAAUUACAAAUCCUGGUAAACCGACUGGUCGUUUCUCUGAUGGAAACGUCUUAACUGAUUACGUUGGCAAAUUUUUAGAAAUGGAAUGUGAAAUAUCAACAUAUAGAGGAAGGGAAGAAGGGGACAGAACGCGUGGAAUGAACUUUGCUUAUGGAGGGACAGGUGUGUUCGAUACAAUCUUCUUGGGGCCAAACAUGACCACCCAGAUUGAUUCUCUUCAGCAACUCAUUAACAUUUCCUUCUUCACCCCUUCCGACCUUCACUCCUCCGUCGCCCUUGUCACCCUCAACGGCAACGACUAUGCUACCUUCUUGGCCAAAAAUGGCUCUUAUUCGGAUAUGCCAGCCUUCAUACCACAAGUGGUAAAUCAACUUGUGAAGAACUUGGAACGCAUUUACGGUAUGGGGUUGAGCAGAGUGGCAGUGACGGGUCUGCAGCCUCUCGGGUGCCUCCCUCGGAACACCCAGAGCUCCUCAUUCCAAUCUUGCGACGCCACCAAGAACGCCGUUGCAGAGAACAUCCACAACUCGUUGCUGAAGAAGGCCGUCACCAGGCUCAACGCUCUUCAUCCCACCGACUCCGUUUUCGUCGUCCUCGACCUCUACGCCUCCUUCAUGUCCGUCAUUGAGAACAGAGGAUCAGGCGCAGUGAAAUUCGAGAACCCACUGCAGCCCUGUUGCGUGGGAAUAAGCGCAGGGUACUCCUGCGGGAGCGUGAACGAGAGCGGAGCAAAGAUGUAUACACUCUGCGACAACCCGAGCUCUAAGUUCUUUUGGGACUUCGUUCACCCAACUCAGGCAGGGUGGAAUGCCGUGUACACUGCUUUGAAUGCCACUCUUCUGCAGCUUUACCAGAAGCUAAAAUUUUGAAAACGAAGAAGAAGAAAAUUGUUGUAUGCUUUUCUUUGUCUUUUUUUUUUGCUGCCCUAAAUGCAUUUAGGUCUUUUCUGAGAAUUUUGUAAUUGAAUAAGAAAAAUCAUAGACAUUCCAAUAUGUGCAUCCCUCUUUUGCCUGGAGAGUUCAGAAACAUUCUUCCUUGGGAUGCCUUUAGACCUUAAAUUUAAAUGGAUUUGAAUGAAUAAAGGAUUCGUUAUUUAAAUAA